CAAGGACAACUUGACAAAUUAACCAUAACCUAAAAAAAGUAAAAGUAAAUAAGGUUGUCAAGUGGUUUUGAAUAUUAUUUAUUGCAGUUAUGCUCACAAUUUGUGACACUUAUUUCUUGAGACUCAGAAAAAUUCAAUGAUUCGUGGUUGAUUUUCAACAUUAUAAUAGAAAUCGCAAGAUCUGUAUAUCAGCACAUGAUGUUUACUCCACAUAGCAAAAACGAAAAUAUUUGCUAUUAUUACCCAAUGAUCCACGUAUGAAUAAUUCAGAGAUUUGACUGCUUUGUUUUCAAUUCAUAUCAAAAAGAUGACAUUACAAAAAUCGAAUGGAUUGUUUACUUCCAAACUAAGUUUGAUUGUUUUCAUUUUGUAUAUUUGGUUAUUUGUCAAUCAAGGAAUUUUGGUCACUGCAUCCCAAAACUCGAACAACACUUAUGAGUAUAAUACUGUCACGGUAGUUCUUUUCACAGAAGUUUUGAAGCUCAUCAUAUCAAGCUGUCUUUACUUAAAAAGCCAUUCUAUAGUUGACUAUGGCAUGGAAAUCUUGAGGUACAAAGAGAUCCUACUACUGUAUUUCGUUCCAGCAUUUUUAUAUUGCUUGUAUAAUAAUUUGUCUUUCACAAAUCUUUCAUCAUUUGAUCCUACAACAUAUUAUUUACUACUUCAGUUGAGAGUAGUAAUAACUGGAAUAUUGUUUCAAUUCAUAUUCUCAAAAACUCUGACCAAAAUACAAUGGAUCUCUCUUAUAAUCCUCACCUGUGGAUGCAUGCUGAAACAAAUGGAUUUUUCUGGGAUUCAAGAAAUUGGUGCAUCUGACAAAUUUAGUUCGAUAGGAAUGAGCAUCAAUACAAUAUAUUUAUUUGUCCAGAUUUUAUGUUCUUGCUUUGCAGGAGUAUAUAAUGAAUAUCUAUUGAAGAAACAAGGUGCUAAUGUGGAUAUUUAUAUCCAAAAUGUAUUUAUGUAUUUAGAUUCUAUAGUUUGUAAUUUAUUCCUUUUGUCAAUGUUUGGAAAUAUCAGUGGUGCUUUUGAAUUCACCAGUAUGAAGGAGAUAUUUCAUUUCAAAGUUUUAAUUGUUAUUUUAAACAAUGCAUGUAUAGGCAUAGUGACUAGCUUCUUUUUGAAAACAAUGAACUCUAUACUCAAAACUUUUGCCAGUGCUUUAGAGCUAAUACUCACAGCUAUUUCAAGUUGGAUUCUUUUUGGAAUACCCAUAUACUUGAAUACCUUUCUAUCUAUCUGUACAGUAUUAUUUGCUGUAUAUUUAUAUUCAAAGAAUCCUGUAUCGAACAUUCCAAAGCCUAGUCAAGAAGAAAAUAUAGCCAAAGAGCCACUGCUGGCUGAAGAAGUUUGAUUACUGUGUACUUGAAUUGUAGAAUCAUCCCAGACAACACCUCAUUUUAUUUCCAGUUCUCAGGGCAAAGAGUAUUUUAUUCAAGGAUUAUGUUGUAACAUUAUUGAUUCAAUAUGUGCUUUGAAGUGGCAAUGAUUGGGUAGUUAGUUUCAUGAGCAAGUGCCUUAGAAUGAGAAUAUGUUGAUAGAAAUUCAAAUAAUCUGAGAAACCAAAGAUAUUCCUGAAAUUUUUUUUUAUUGAAAAUCAAGAUGAGACACAAUAAUGAACAGGGAACUUCCAUGCUUCGGCUUAUUUAAUUAUCUGAGGAUUUCCUGCUUUCUGUGGUAUUAAACUUAUCAAAUUUCUUAUAGUAUCCAACAUUCAAGAGAAAAUAAACAUACAAGAACAAAAAAAGGGAGAUGAAAAUGCCUCAUAUUUGCACUGAAACUUGUUUGAAUUUUAUACUUUAUAUUCAUUGGUGACUAAUUGAAAUGAAUUCUCAUUCAUUUUGUGAGAGGAAUUGAAAAAUUGUGAUAACUGGUACUUCAGUGUGAAUGUAUUUCUUGCCAAAAUGAAUAUGAAACUACUUCCUUGCUAUUGAUUAUACUUAGAAAGGAUCAAUAAAUUAUUAAUGAAGAA